GCCUUGUGUUGAGCCGCGGAUGGUUUCGCGUACUGAGGACUCGAGGGUGGAGCCCGCUAUGUGACCCCGCCCCAGGCUCCGCCCACACAGGACCACGCCCCCGUCCCCGCCCCUGCCUAGGGGCCCGUCUGGAGUCCAGCACUCGGCGCGGAUUUCCGCAAGCAUGGUUUCCUUGGGGGCUGUGUGUGGCCUGCUGCUGCUCAUAACCGUUCGAGCCAGCAGAAGUGCAGGUAUUGGUUUUCGCUUUGCCUCCUACAUCGAUAAUUACAUGGUGCUGCAGAAGGAGCCUUCAGGGGCGGUGAUCUGGGGCUUUGGUACACCUGGAGCCACAGUGACAGUGACCUUGUGCCAAGGUCAGGAAACCAUCAUGAAGAAAGUGACCAGUGUGAAAGCACCCUCCAACACCUGGAUGGUGGUACUGGAUCCUAUGCAGCCCGGGGGACCUUUUGAAGUCACGGCCCAGCAGACCCUGGGGACAAGGAAUCUCACCCUGAGGGUUCACGAUGUCUUAUUUGGAGAUGUCUGGCUGUGCAGUGGACAGAGUAACAUGCAGAUGACUGUGUUACAGAUCUUUAACGCCUCGAAGGAGUUGUCCGACACUGCUGCCUACCAGUCUGUGCGCAUCUUCUCUGUCUCCCUCAACCAGGCAGAAGAGGAGCUAGAAGACCUUGGUGAGGUUGACCUGUCAUGGUCCAAGCCCACUGCAGGAAACUUGGGCCAUGGAGAUUUCACUUACAUGUCAGCAGUGUGCUGGCUCUUUGGCCGUUACCUGUAUGAUACUCUGCAGUAUCCCAUUGGGCUGGUCUCCUCCAGUUGGGGUGGGACACCCAUUGAAGUCUGGUCAUCUAGAAGGUCACUGGAAGCCUGUGGAGUCCCUAAUACAAGGAAUGAAAGAAUUCUUCAGCCAGAGAUAAAGUCCAUGAGAAGCGAGUGUAAGAGUGAGGGGUCCUUGUGUCCUUUGAGGAGGUUUGUUCCACCUGAUUUUGUGGCUGGACCAGUAAAACACUCUGUCCUCUGGAAUGCCAUGAUCCAUCCUCUGCAAAACAUGACUUUGAAAGGGGUAGUGUGGUACCAGGGGGAGGCCAAUGCGAAUUAUAACAGGGACUUGUAUUCGUGCAUGUUCCCUGCGCUCAUUGAAGACUGGCGCCAGAACUUCCACUCCGGCUCCCAGGGGCAGACAGAGCGUUUCUUCCCAUUUGGAUUUGUUCAGCUGUCUUCAUACACGUUGAUGAACACGUCAGAUUAUGGGUUUCCUGAGAUCCGCUGGCAUCAAACAGCAGACUUUGGCUCUGUCCCCAACCUGAAGAUGCCCAAUACUUUCAUGGCUGUUGCUAUGGAUCUCUGUGACAGGGACUCCCCUUUUGGCAGCAUCCACCCCCGAGAUAAACAGACUGUGGCCUAUCGACUGCACUUGGGGGCUCGAGCUGUGGCUUAUGGUGAGAAGAACCUGACCUUUCAAGGACCACUACCUAAGAAGAUAGCGCUCUUGGCUCACAAUGGGCUGCUCAGCCUCACAUAUGACCAGGAAAUCCAGGUGCAGAGGCAAGAUAACAAGACAUUUGAGAUCUCCUGUUGCAGUGACAAUCAGUGCAGAUGGCUUCCAGCUCCUGUGAACACUUUCUCCACCAAGACCCUGAUCCUGGGUGUCAAUGCUUGUGUUGGCACCGUGGCUGCUGUUCGCUAUGCCUGGACCACAUGGCCCUGUGAAUAUAAGCAAUGUGCCAUUUACCACCCUAGCAGCGCCUUGCCAGCUCCGCCCUUCACCGCUCUCAUUACACACCAGGUUCCGGGACUUAGGGCAGGGGUGUCCAAGGACACUGGGAGUAGUGCCAGCUCUUAUGUACAAGGGCGAUUCCUUUAGAUUUGGGCAUUUAGGAGUUUAAAUGAUGACAGCUAUUGCUUUUAAGAGCAAUUUCUAGAAGCCUCAUCGAAUAGCUCCCAACCAGCAUAUGGCUGUUCCAGUCUUCUGAGAUGAGUACUGGCUAACAGACACUUGAAAUGCUCAGCUCUGUCUCUAGUUACUCAGGCCUCUGUGCUGACUCUGAACUAGAACAUUUGGUCUUCCUACCAUCCACUUCCCUGGGAUGGAGGAAAAUGCCCUAUUUCUGUCCUUUCAUCCAAAACUGUGGACUCUCAGGCCUGCAAGAGAUUUAAAGGCUACAGAGGCUGGUGCUUCCUGUGUUCUUUUCAAAAACAAACAAACCCCUGAAAAUGGCUAUGGAAUGCUAAGAAGUUUCCAUCUGGGGAGCAGAAAUCUUACUUUCAUCCAACAUUACUACCCCAUGACAAAUCUUUCAGGUAAAUUAGACAUACCACGUAUUUGUACCCUCAUUAAGCUCCCCCAAACUAUCUGUUUGCAGCGCAAAGAUUCUAACACGAAUCUUUGAGACAUGUCAGUCCUAUGUUUAAGCAUACUGACAGGUGCUGAGGACUGGCCUUAAGGAAUAAAGAGAGAGGGCCCAAAGGGUGGAGAAAUCACAGGCAUAGGGACACAUGAAAGUAAUUAUACUUGGGGCAAAGAGGUCCUAAAAACUAAGUCUCAGGUCCCUGAGAGGUAGAAUUCAACUAAGGCCAAUCCCCUUGGGAUUGAAGAAAGAAUUUGGCAGGAAGGAGAGCUAUGUGAUAAGCUUAUAGGGCAAGUGCAGGCAAGGCAGAGGUGACAGUGCCAUUUACCACUUGAUGAAAGACAGCCGACAGCUCUGGAAAUUGCAUCUAUUAUAAGCUGGAAAUAAACCAAGUAUGGUGUGCACACCUUUAAUCUCAGCACUUGGGAGAUGGGAGAUCUGAGUUC